AUGACGAUGCCAACUUAUGCCAUGUCGUGUUUUAAGCUGCCCGUGAGGUUAUGCAAAGACAUCAACUCUUUGAUGGCAAGAUUUUGGUGGGGGGAGGAGAACGGUCAAACGAAAAUGCAUUGGGUUUCAUGGAAGACAUUGUCAACUGGAAAACAAGCUGGUGGUCUUGGCUUCAAAUAUCUUCAAAGCUUUAAUAAAGCUUUGCUAGGCAAACAGAUUUGGAGGCUCCUCACAUGCCCCGACCUUUUGCUUAGCAAAGUUUUGAAAGCAAGGUACUAUCCCAAAACAACCCUCUUCAACUGCGAAAUCAAAGGUAAUGCAUCAUGGAUAUGGAAAAGUUUGAUGUCCGCAAGAGAGGUGAUGCAAUGCGGAGCUAGGAAACAGAUUGGAAAUGGGAACAACACCAGAAUUUGGGAAGAUGCUUGGUUGUUGGAAGGAAAGGACGGUAAGAUUGAAUCCUCAAAACCCCCUGGUUGA